AGAAAUUGAUGUAACCAGAGUCAAUACAAAGCUGAGCUCGAGGCCAUUCAUGGACUGUAACAUACAUUGAGGUACUCGUGCAUAGACUAUUGCCACAAUGACUAAGGAAUCACAUGGCUUUGUUGUGACCUCUGACAUAUUUAAUGGGCUUACAAUUGAUACAGAUGAGCAAGAUUUUAGCACUGAAGAAAAUUUUGAGCCCAAAUUGGGAGAUGCCAUUCCUCAGUGGAAAGGAGAGGGAAUCCGUGGACUCUGGGUAAAGAUUCACCUAGCACACUCUUUUGUUGUGCCUGUAUGUAGCAAGUUGGGUUUCGAUUACAAUCAUGCUCAGUCAGGCUAUGUGAUGAUGACAAAAUGGCUUCCAGAUGAAGAAGAAAACAAACUACCAGAGUACGCCAAUCAGUUCCUGGGUGUAGCAGGAUUUGUUUUAAAUGAGAAAAAGGAGUUGUUAGUUAUCAGAGAGAGGUUCAGUGUUAUACAAUCAAAGCCUUGGAAAUUACCUGGCGGAUUGGCCGAUAAAGGUGAGGACUUGGCGGUGACGGCGAGGCGCGAGGUUGUGGAGGAGACUGGGAUAGAGGCGGAGUUUGUGUCGGUUCUCGGCUUCCGUCACCAGCACAACUUCCGAUUCGGCUGUUCUGAUUGGUACUUUAUUUGUCUGAUGAAAGCAUUGACCACAGAAAUAAAACACUGCCCACAAGAAAUCGCAGAGUGUAAAUGGAUAUCUAUAGAAGAGUACCUCUCCGACCCUCAUCUUACAGAGGCUAACAAGUUUUUUGUCCAAUGCUACCUCAACCAGCAGAAAAAUGGUGGAUUGACAAUUAGCCCUACUCUAAUAGAUUCCUGGAACAAGAAAACACAACACAAUAUAUACGCUGUUCACCCAUUACCAAAAGAGUUUAAUCCACAUCAUGGCCAUUGAUAUAUAUAGUCAGAUUUUACUUACCAUGUAUUUCUUUCUGUGAUAACCAGACAUUUUGCAUUGACAUCAGAACUUAUUUUUAAUCAGUUUUUACCCUGUAGUCAAAUUGUAAAAAAAAAAAUAAAAUAUAUUGAAUCUC